AUGCAUGCUAGGUUCCCAUUUAUCCUCAUCUACAUUCUAAAACCCGGCCAGCCUCGGGAGGCUAUCCUUGACUAUUCCGUUGUCCAUCUCCAGGUGACCGAGGCAAAUCGUAGCAACAGGAAUGUCAAGCAGUCUUUGCGUAAUUCGGGCUUUAUUCACCAGUUUGCGCUUACACUUCUUGCAUACAAACUCAAAAUUCAUGAGAAAUAUGCUGUCCCAACGGGUCUGGGUUCUUGGAAUCUCCAUGAAGAGCGGCGGUUGAACGGCGGUCCUGUUCAACUCACUCUAUGUGUGUCUUCCGCGAGACUCCCAUGGCGAUCUCAUGACUCUUGUGCUCUAUGA